UAGGAAAUGAGUGGUAUGCAACCGUAAGCAGAAUAUCCGCCGACGUGUUUACUUCCCGUUCAUUUCGUUAACAGAUCGAAGAAUUGAGACAGCUGUCAGCAAUUGUAUUUACAUCAACUGGCAACCAUGUCAUCAAGUGCUUCAAAAUUUUCUUUGGACCUCUUUCAACAUGUCGUUUCUCACAAUCCCCAUGGCAACCUGUUCAUGUCGCCUAGCAGCAUUUUCGUUGUCAUGACGAUGGUUCAAACUGGAGCAAGAAAUGAAACCAGAAAUCAAAUGGUUUCUACUCUUCAAUUUCAAUCAAAUGAUCAACAGUCGAUACUUGCUGAUGCUGAGCAAUUUGUUAAGGUGUUGAAUAAAGGGAGCGAUCAUGUGGUACUGAGAAGCGCUAACAGACUCUAUCCGAACAGAGAUAAAAGCAUUUUGGAAGAUUAUAUUAAAGCUGUAGUCAAACAUUUUGCCUCAGAUGUCAAAAAUGUUGACUUCAUAUCCAACCCAGAGGGAAGUAGACAAGAAAUAAACAAAUGGGUAGAAGAAGUCACAAACGAAAAGAUCAAAAACCUUCUGCCUAGCGGAUCUAUUAAUGCACUCACAAGAAUGGUAGUUGCAAAUGCCAUCUAUUUCAAAGGAAACUGGGCGACACAGUUUGUGCAAAAGAGUACAACAAAAACUGAUUUUCAUACAUUGGACGGAAAAUCUUUGAAGACAGACAUGAUGACACGAGAAAUGAAGAAAGUGCGAUAUGGCGAAAAUACAGCUUUGGAUUGUAAGGUUUUACAUCUGCCUUACAUUGGGGAUGAAAUGGCUAUGGUAGUUCUACUUCCAAACACCGUCACUGGAUUGCUGGAAAUGGAGAAAAAGAUGAACGUCCAAAAUAUGAACCAAUGUAUCGAAAAAGUUUCCUCACCAACUGUUAAAGUUUCUGUUCCGAAAUUCAAGCUUGAGAGUUCAUUCCAGCUUUCAGAUACAUUAUCGGCUCUCGGAAUGCCUGACGUGUUCGAUCAAAAUAAAGCUGACCUCUCUGGAAUGGGAAAGGAUUUGUUCGUUUCUAAGGUGUUCCACAAGGCGUUUGUGGAUGUAAACGAAGAAGGUACAGAGGCUGCAGCUGCGACUGCUGCAACAAUUAAGACUCUAAGCAUGCCAGCUCCUCCACGGACGUUUACGGCUGAUCACCCGUUCAUGUUUAUGAUUUGGCACUACAAGCUGAAGGCGCCACUGUUUGUUGGUCGAUUUACUGGACAAGAAACGGAAUCUUCUCAGACACGAGACGAACUCUAGAUUGCAUGUGUGUUAGCAUAAAGACGUCAUAGAUAAAUACAGUGCGCUAAUAUUUACCUUAGUUUGUUCACAUUAAUUUGAUCAUUGGUGUGGUGAAGUUUGUAAGUCGCAGAAUUUGACUUUUGAUUGUUUUAGCCUGUGUGUGUGUGUGUAGCAUCUUUAUGCAGUUCAUGGAAAACUAGUGUGAAAGAUUACGUCAUCGGGUGCGUUUAAUGUGGUACCUAGAUUGUAUUGGAAUUUUACUGCCAAAAACUAGCCAUGUCUGCACCGAGAUCUUUUUAUAGCGAUUUGCGGAUGAGAACAUAUUACUCUUUGAAUUGAUGUCAUGCUUGCGCAAUCUGAAACACCGGAACGACAAAACAAUGCAAUGAGAGUUGAGCGCUUGAAGUCGUAUUGCACGAGAGUCGCAGUCUGUAUUCAAAAAACGCGGUCACAUAAAAGCAAAUUAGUGUUAUGGUCCGUUUUAUAAAAUACCAUUAUCAAUGUGUUUGUCCGUAAAAGUAAAUACAAACUAUGUAUGUCCACUUAAGAAUGUAUUUUGUUGAAUUGAAAUAAGUGCCAAAGUCGUUUGUCAGAGUGUUUGUAUUAGCAUAUAAAGAUGUACAGUUACAUGCUUGAUACAGAAAAAGAAAACUUUAGUAGCUGAUGCCAUUUCUUGUAUUUGAAUGUUUAAUACAUUUUGUAUUGGGGGGCAGAAAAAAGGUUUAUAAUAAAAUAUUUAAAUAUCUGAUACAAAACCCCACGAAUAUGCACGUUCCAAAGACGAAACAUGUUUAAUCUACGUAUUCAUUAACUUAUAUUAUGAUUGGAAUCAGGUGAAUGCGUUCGCAUUUCACACUAAGUCUCUAUGGCGUGUAUUUUGCUAUGUAUAUUGUUACUUAUUUAACGUUAUGAGCAUGACUAUGAUUGUGUGAGCGAUUUAGAUAUUGCGACACUAAAAAAUUUGUUGUAGCGGAUUACGGAUGGCGGGAUGCAAUUAAAUGUCUUAUGAAAUUCCACCAUUAACGCAAAGAACAAAAAUUCUAAAUCAAGUGUUCUCGCGGUGUAGUAAGUUAUAAAAGGAGACAAUGUUUAACAAAGUGUGAUUUGCAUGUCUUUAUUCUUAUUUUAUUUUGCAAUAUUUUUUAUUGACUUGAAAUAUUAUAUUGGAAGUUUGCACAUAUUAGAUUCGUAGUUUUGUAUUUCAUUGUAUUGUUUACACAGUAUUCAUGUAACACACUUCUUUGUAUAUACACUCUAUUUUAUAAAGUAUUUUCUAUAAA